AUGAGCUCACUGACUGUCACGGCGCACUUUUGUCAGGACUAUCACGUUCUGGCUGCGAUUCGUCAGUGUCUUGAGAAGGUGCGCAGCAUUUCUCAGCGAGACGUCGUGGGGACGCUUGAGUGGCUUGAGCUGCUCGCCCAGCAGAUCGCAGCCGUUUUGGAGCUGGUCAGAAGCUCCUAUAUUCUAGCACAGCAGGAGCUAGCCAAGGCCCUAUUCAUGCCCAUGUGGACUGUCGUCAUGGCCUGGCUUGCUCGUAUCAAAGUUCUGCUCGAAGCAUUGGCUCGGACCAGCGCCAAGUGGACAGCCAUCUUGGCCGAGUGGGCACCAACCACCGCCGCUGCCACCGCUGCCACCGCUGCCACCGCUGCUCCUGGGCAUACCAAACGCCCGAUUUCCGUGCAUACGGUUACUCGAGGGACAGGAAUUCUCGACCGGGCCCCUGUGAAAGCCCGCCCUGACAGCUCAGACGACGAGGAAGAUGAAGCACGUCACAGCACCAGUCGUCGCGAUGGCCCCCAUGUGACUCAACCAGCACGCUCACUCGACACCAUCCCGACGUUGCAAGCUACACUACCUGCAAGGCUGAACCAAGCACAAGCAAAUGCUGCGAGCUCCACGGCCGCAACGACGAGAUUGGAUCAGCAAUCGCCAGGUGCAUCAGAACGGCGUGUAGACUCGAGCCGGCGCGGUGGGAAGAAGAAGCGGCAGCAGCAUGACAAGCAUGGAGCCGGUGAAGUGAUUGCAAGGAAUGGUGGUCCACCGCCCAAGCGCCAAGCCGCCCGUGCCCCUGCGGAUGACAUUGACGACAUUUUUGGAGACUUGUAA